AUGUCGAUCGCAGACUGUACGUUCCACCUCGACCCUUCAGCUCUCCUCCCACAACAUCUAGAACCUAACACAAGCAUAACAGCCAACUUCCCUUCCUCGGCCGCCUUCGACGCCAUCAACGAAGCCCUCUCCUCCGACUCCGAACGCAAAGACGCAAUCAAAAAAGGCGGCGCCAUCUUCGCCUUUACCCUCAAAAACUCAAACGGCGCAUCCGAAAGCUGGCACAUCGAUCUCAAGGACACAGGAAAGGCUGGAAAAGGCACCGCUCCUGAUGGCAAAAAGUCUGCUGUCACACUAUCCCUCAGCGAUGCUGAUUUCGGCAAAUUGGUCAAGGGUGAAGCGAACGCGCAAAAGCUGUUUAUGAGUGGGAAACUCAAGGUCAAGGGGGAUGUCAUGAAGGCUACCAAGAUGGAGCCUAUCUUCAAGAAGGUCCAGACAAAGGCAAAGCUUUGA